AAGAGCAAUAGUACAGCAUUAAGCAAAGAAGGAACCAAUAAGGAGCCGCUGUCAUUGGGAGAAUGGAUCUCUAGGUGUUCCAGUAAGAAAAUAACAGAGACACAGAAUAAUGCAGCCCUGCUUAACGAUCCUGUGGCCAUGGCCAGGAGACUUAUUACAGCCACUAUAGCUAUCCCCAGCAGGAGCUGCUGAACUGCGCCUCUUCCAGAUUAUAACACAAUGAGUGUGAGUGACAGGACAUAGCUCCGUCGUGACGAAACGCAUUGGAUGUUAUCCGCUGGUUAGCUGUUGUCAGUUCAGAUAAGGACAUAAAGGGUACAGAGCUUCCACAAUUCAGCAGCAAUCUAUCACGUGUUUGGGUGAAUGGGAGACACUAGAUAAGGUCCUGGAGUCACUUUGCCUGUCACAGAUUACCUGAAAGGUGGCAUCGGGCAACAGAUACACUAUGGCAUUCCUGAGUAUACUGGCACUGCUUUGCUGCCACUUUGUGGUGGUGGUGGAUUCUAACAGAACGCAAGCCUUGGAAAUAAUGGACCGUGUACCUGUCAUAGAUGGGCACAAUGACUUACCCUGGCAGCUCCUGAGUCUCUACAAUAACCAGAUGAGUAAGGUGGACCUCUAUAACUUGAAUAGGACCCACACCAACAUUCACAAACUGAGAGAGGGAAGAGUUGGGGGUCAGUUCUGGGCGGCAUAUGUCCCCUGUGAUACUCAAGCCAAGGAUGCCGUUAAGAGGACAUUGGAGCAGAUAGACAUCGUCCAUCAAAUGUGUGACAAAUAUCCUGAGGUGUUCAUGUGUGUGAGCAGUAGCGCAGGGAUUGCAGAGGCCUUCCACGCCAAGAAAGUGGCCAGUCUAAUUGGCGUUGAGGGUGGACAUUCAAUUGACAGCAGUUUUGGAGUGUUACGAACUUUUCACAACCUAGGGGUGCGUUAUAUGACCGUAACUCACAGCUGUAAUACUCCAUGGGUAGAUAACUGGCUUGUGGAUACAGGAUCAGAUCCAGCUACAAACAACGGCUUGUCUGAAUUUGGGAAGAAUGUAAUACUGGAGAUGAAUCGCCUUGGGAUGAUUGUGGAUUUAGCCCACGUGUCGGCUAAAACAAUGAAAGACGUACUGGAGGUCUCCCAGGCCCCUGUUAUAUUCAGUCACUCAUCUGCCUAUGAACUGUGCAAGCACGCCAGGAACGUGCAGGACGACGUCCUCAGGACAGUGAAGGAGAAAAGAGGCCUGGUGAUGGUAAACUUCUACAAUGACUACGUCACAUGCAGCAAGAAUGCUAAUUUAUCACAUGUUGCAGAUCACUUUGAUUACAUCAAAAGGAUUGCUGGCUAUGAAUCAGUUGGAUUUGGAGGUGAUUACGAUGGGGUCCCAAGGGUGCCUCAGGGUCUGGAAGAUGUUUCCAAAUACCCCGACCUUGUAGCUGAGCUACUAAGAAGAGGAUGGACAAGAAUGGAACUGGAGGCAGCUCUGGCCGGUAACCUUAUCCGUGUUUUCAGUGAAGUGGAGCAGACAAGUACCAAAAUGAACAAUGAGGUUCCAAAGGAUGAGCCCAUACCUUACAAUGAGAUAAAGAGCGACUGCCACACAAACUAUGGCUAUAACGCAGCUGAUCGUCAGCUCUUGGGUCAAGGACUCUUUCUUGUGUGCCUUCUUUAUACCUUGCUGGUUUGAAAGCCGAUUUUUAUAGGUCACAGCCUGUUAAAUAAGCUGUGCUGUAGACUAAGAACUCAUGCUGAAAUCAAGAAAAAAAAAAGAGGAUCCCUAUGCAGUCAGGGGCUUCUGGGACUUGUAGUUCACUAACAGUUUUGGAGCAGAGGAGGAGACCUGGACAAUGCUCACUGGAGUUUAAAAAGAAAAACAUAAAAAAAACCCUAAUAAAAAAAAAAAGUCUCCUUAUUUAAAUAGAACUUUAGUAACAACAUUAUAAUUAUAUAUAAUUAUAUAUACACACACACACACACACACACACACACACACACACACACACACACACACACACACACACACACACACACAUAUAAGAUUUCCAGGAGUAAAGUAAUUGCAUGGAGCCUAUCAGAGUGUGAACUGUCUGAUAACACAGUAGUAUGUGCUCAGUUCCUUUUAUACUGUAUGUAAAUAUAAUGUAAAAAUUAUCAUUCAUUUCCAAGUAUACUUGAAGAAUAAAUCUAUUCAAAACCUAAAA